AUGGCCGACGACAUCGAGACGAAAUUCCAGGCGGCCAUCGAUGCGGGCAAGAUCAACGGCGCUGUCAUUUGUGCUACCGAUGCUGCGGGGCAUUUUGUCUACAACAAAGCACUGGGACAACGCACCUUACUCUCAGGCGAGAAGGUGCCGCAACAGCUAGAUGACGUGCUAUUCCUGGCGUCUGCCACCAAGCUGAUUGCUACGGUCGCCGCGCUGCAGUGUGUCGAGGACGGCUUGCUGACUCUGACCGGCGAUGUUUCCCCCAUUGCCCCAGAACUGGCUGCUAAACAGGUCAUCACUGGCUUCUCUGAUGAUGGCGAAACCCCUGUACUCGAGCCAGCGGUCCGCCCGAUUACGCUCGAAAUGCUGCUCACGCACAGUUCGGGGACCGCUUACGACUUUAUAAACCCCAUCGUUGGUAAAUGGAAUCAGAAGUUUAACAAGUUCGAGGAAGGGAAGCGCCGGCCGGUCGAAGAGUCGUUUUGCUAUCCUCUUGCAUUCCAGCCUGGUUCUAGCUGGAUGUAUGGUACAGGACUCGACUGGGCCGGACGCCUCGUGGAGAAAGUUACCGGUCGCACCCUGGGCGAGCAUGUCCAGCAGCGUAUCUGCAACCCACUGGGUCUCAAUUCGGCUCAGUUCUACCCGGUAACGCGUGAGGACCUUCGGGCCCGUAUGGUUGACUUGAACCCGGAUGAUCCAGAGGGCCUCGGCCGUGCUCCACUCGGGGGAGGCGGGGAAGUGAACAAGCGUACGCGCGGUGACUUCGGCGGUCACGGCCUGUUUAUGCCCGGUGCCGAUUACGUCAAGGUAUUGCACUCGCUACUUGCAAACGAUGGCAAAUUGCUCAAGCCUGCCACCGUUGAUGACAUGUUCGAGCAUCAUUUGAGCCCCGAAGCAACGGCUGGGCACCAGGCUGCCCUAGUAGGGCCAUUGGGCGUUUUCUUCCGGGUAGGUAUAGACCCCGGCACCAAAGUUGGUCACGGCUUGAGUGGUGUCUUGCUCUUGGAAGAUGUUGAUGGAUGGUAUGGAGAGCGUACGUUAACCUGGGGCGGCGGCCUGACCCAGACCUGGUUCAUUGACCGUAAGAAUGAUCUCUGCGGGAUUGGUGCUGUCCAAGCCGCCCUCCCGGUAGAUAGCCAGGAGGUGGAAGUUCUCAAGCAAACAUUUCGCCGAGACAUCUAUCGCAAGCAUAGCGAAUGGAAGAGACAGAAUCAGCCAUAA